GUGAGGCGGCGCGCCGCUCUCUCGCCUCUGUUGACACUGGACGGAUAUGCGGCGAUGCCCUUGCGUGUGAAAGCGUCUGCAGCGGUUUUGCGGCAGCGGAGAGCUUUCGCCUCGAGUGGGAGAUUAGGAGGAGGAGCGCGAGCGGCCGUCGUUUGGGGGGGGGGGGAAACAAACAAAUAAAUAAAUAAAUAAAUAAGUAAAAACGCGAUCUUUCGGUGCGUCGCGGCCGCUCGGUGGUCGCGGCCCGUCGAUCCUCAGAGGGAGCCGGGGGCUGGAUUUGACCGGUCGCAGGGAUGUGCUGAAAGAUCGAUGAUGAAAGGAGGGAGAGAGGGAGGAAAGUGGAGUGAGCACUUCCUGCUCCAGCAUAGGAUCUAAUCAGACUCCUGCAAAACCAGUGACAUCAGUGGCCAGGAGGUGAUGGCCGAGCGUCCCCGCGACUCCCGGUCCCUUCAGAUGGAUGCCCACCUCCUGCACGCCUGAGCCAGCACUCCGUGCUGCGUCCUCCCCUUCCUCUCCCUCCGCCUCUCCUUCCUCAUUUCACACCUCUUCCUCCCUUUGCCGACCCCUCGACCUCUCCGCCCUCCUCCCCAUCCGCUUUUCCCACCCGGGCCUUCGCUGCUCCUCCAGUUCCUCCAUCAUGGCCUGCUUCGGGCGCUCUCUGGACUCCCACUGCACGUUGGCCCUGCUGGUCGGCUUCCAGUUUGCCUUUGUGCUGUACUUCUCCCUCGGGGGCUUCAGGGGCCUGGUGUCCGUCCUGGUGCACACCACCGACUCCGAGUUCGACUACUCCCGACCUCACGACGUCUACACCAACCUCAGCCAUCUGGGCGCGCCGCCUCCCCCACCCCGCAACUCUGGGACCGGCCCCCCCGCCACAGGACCGCCGCUGAGAGAUUGCCAGAUUCCAUCUCCACUGCUGGUCGGACCCGUCUCUGUCCACCUCUCCUCGCCUCUGUCCCUGGAGGAGAUCAGACAGAGGAACCCGCUGGUGCUGCCCGGCGGGCGCUACCGGCCCCCGGACUGCGAGCCGCGCCACCACACAGCGAUCGUGGUGCCAUACAGGAACCGGCAGACCCACCUCCGCGCUCUGCUCUACCACCUCCACCCCUUCCUGCAGAGACAGCAGAUCCACUACAGCAUUUACAUAGUGCAGCAGUGGGGGAAUGGCACCUUUAACCGAGCCAAGCUGCUGAACGUGGGUGUGCGGGAGGCCCUCCGAGACGAGGACUGGAGCUGCAUCUUCCUGCACGACGUCGACUUGCUGCCCGAGAACGACCACAACACCUACACCUGCCACAAGCAGUUCCCCACACACCUGUCGGUGGCCAUGGACAAAUUCAGAUACAGGCUGCCGUACCCGCAGUAUUUUGGUGGGGUCUCUGCAGUCACGCCAGACCAGUACAUGAAGAUGAAUGGCUUUCCGAAUCAGUACUGGGGCUGGGGUGGAGAGGACGACGACAUCGCUGCCAGAGUGCGUCUGUCUGGCAUGAAGAUCAUGCGCCCCCCGGUGGCCAUCGGUCAUUACAAGAUGAUAAAACACAAAGGAGACAGAGGGAACGAGCAAAAUCCUCGAAGAUUUGACCUCCUGAAAAGGACCAGACUCAACUGGCGCUCCGAUGGCCUGAACUCUUUGACCUAUGAGCUUCUUUCCAAAGAGCUGGAGCCGCUCUACACCAACCUGACCGUCGACAUUGGCGAAGACCCCCGCCUCCCGCCGGGAAAGCUCCCUUUUCUUGUGAAAGCGACGACCUCGGUCCACCAGCGUAGCACCAGCAUGACCGGAGAAAGGUCCAAGCAGGAGAAGAGACCGGAACGAGCUGUGGCGGCAAAUACGACUGUGGCCAAAUCUGAUGCGGCCCGGACAAAGACAGCCAAUCAGAUGACACAGCAGAAAACAGGAGUCAUGAAAUAAGAUGGGGUGCGUCAUAAUAGGAAGGCAUCGCAUCAGUAGCAUAAAAAGGCUUUCCUCUUCAUUUUGAUGUGAAAAUCAGAAUGAAAGGCAGCAGUGGGCGUCUGUUGUGCUGUGGGACAGCGAGUGCAGCGGCUUUGGGUGCUAUCUGCAGGUUCAGGAUGGGUCUGGAAGGAACCGGACAAAAAGGCCAGGUUUGUCUCCAGUCAGAAAUACAGCCGAGUCACUUCCAUGUGGCUCUUCCGACUGAGGCGGACGCCCCCAUCUGACCAGGACGAGUUAGCUAUAUGUGCAUGUUGAGGUCCAAACUGAAAAAUUAGACGUGAAAACUGUGAACCUCGGCACACGGGCGUCACAAGUUACACAAGCAACUUAUUUGCUUCAAAGGCAGACCCGCAACUCCAUCCCGUCUGCUCCCCCCUGAACACUGCUGCUGUCUGUCCACCCCACCCCACGGUGGGUUCGUGUUUCUGUGCCUUCUCUCUUUUAUGCGCGUUUUAUAGACAGGCGUAGUCGCUUUUAGACUCUGACCUGGGCUGAGUUUUCCUUCUCCUUCAGAAAGCAGGGAGGAUAAAGCUAAUCCUGGAUCGGAACAAAGUAUUUAUUCCAGGACUGCCGUUUUAUAUCCGUGUGCAUUGAUUAAGCGCUGACCAACUCCAUAGUUACUGCACAAUUCUAGAGUUUAUAUUUCUAUAGAGAGACUUCUUUAUUUGUUUACUGUUUCGGUUCGACUCGUCUUUCCUUACAGUCUGGUGCCUCACUCUGACAUUUAGUUCAUAGACAAUCAGGUUGUAUGGAAAAAGUAACUCUGUAUCCAACCACAUAACUAAAUGAGAAUAUAUUAUCAUGACUGUCUUGAUGCCUGUCCGAUAAACAUAGACUUGGCAUGAUUGUUGUUGUCUAGUCUGACUAUACUGUUGAUGCACAGAUAGACCUAUGCUUCUGAUAUUACCUGUGAUUCUAUUGUUUUUUUUUUUUGGUUUUUUUCUGUCGUCUUCUUUUUUAGGUCAGUCAGGUAUGAAGAAAAAGAAAACUUGCAGACAUUACUGUAGAAGGGUGACGACAUAUUUUUGCCAGUUUAGGAUCGUUUGUGACUGAAUGGAACAACAAAGCACUGUGCUUAGAUUAAGGUCAGCUUUCAGCCAGGAGGUCGGAUGUCUCCAUAGAGCUUCUUUCACUGUAUUCCUCAAGACCUCAUUGCUUUUGUCGGUGUUCGGUGAAGCGCGAGGACACAUAUAGUCCAUUUAAAGUGAGGGCUACCAUACCAUGACAUGUAUGUAGGUCAUUUUUGUUGAUCAGAAGUCAACCUCAUUUAUCAGACAUUCAUGUUUUGCUUUGCUUUUUUUUUAAUUCAGAUUAUAUCAACCAUUCAGAAUGUAUCACUUGAGUUUUUCAUUCUCAUUUCUGAAGUAAGAGUUUAAACAGGUGCAAAUGAGUCUCAUCACUUGUAGAUGGUUGUAUCUCUUGCUGCUAUUUGACUAGGAAAACUGUACAAGUAAAUAUAUCUUAAAACGACAUACUGUAAGACUAAGUUGUUCACAUCAGCAGGUAAUGUAUGACUUAAUUUGAAUGUAUUUAUUUUAUUGGUUAAUUCAUUGAGUCGAGGCGACUGUGCAGAUUUUGAAAGUCAGCUUGCAGGCGCAGAUGUGCGUCAGGUUCAAACACGCUCUCGUCCUUUCCUAGCAUUUCUCCACGUUUGUUUUGGUCCAGUGUGACUGCAGCACUGAAAGGUGUGCUGCUGGGUUUACAUGUGAGCACCCUCAAGUGGCUCGUCCUGGCAUACAACUCCAGCGAAGAGGAGCCCAAGACUGAAUGGGAUCUGCAGUGUUGUGACAUGAAUGUUAAUCGAUAACGUUCGCCAUUCACAGACCUCAGCCAAUCAGAUCUUUGCGUGGCGGGCUUUUCAUGUGCGUAGUACCCCACCAUUGAUCCUGCCAGCUUAAAGGAGACGAGCAAACUCUCAGAAUUUCAACUGGCAAGUAGAAACACACAAACAAAAAGACGAAGUGUACAGUGUUUUUAUGAAUGAGGAGGAACCUUUGUUUUUAUUGAAAUGUUGUGUUGAACUAAAAACACGGUAUAAACAUAUUAUCAGGAUACAUAGAGAGACAAUAAGGCCUAAUUUUGUAGCUUCACACAACAUAAGUAUUUGAUUGCUCACAAGUAGAUAUUAUCCUCCAUUAAUCAUAUUGCCUGGGACAAUGCCUGUAUGAAAUGAGACAGUGACUCACUGAAAGCUUUUAAGAACAUUAUAUAAUCUCAGAUUAAUCAGCAAACUGUGUGCUUACCUGGAGAUUGUUCUAUAUUUAAUACAUAGGCUAGUUUUUAUAAAGGACGUCUUUACAUAAGUG